UAUAUAAUGAUCCGUAGAGUGUUUCCCUUUCUGUUGGCGGCUCUUUUGCGGCAGGUGCUCGGUGAUCCGGAUGCCCAAGCCCGCAUCAUUGGAGGCUAUGAUGUGGACAUAGAAGAUGUACCUUACCAGGCGGAAGUGAUUAUAGAUGGCACUGCCAUUUGCAGUGGCGCCAUCAUAGGAUCACAAACCGUGCUCACGGCAGCCUCGUGUGUCCAGUCCUACAGUUCACUUCAGGUGCGCGUGGGCACCAGCUCCCGAGAUUACGAUGGCACUGGAUUGCUGUUGGAUGUGUGUGUUGUAACUGAUCAUCCAAACUACGAUUACUGGCGUUUCGAUAACAAUCUGGCACUGCUGAAGCUGUGCUAUCCGCUCCAGACCUCCGACGCUAUCCAGCCCAUCAGACUAGCUGACGAAGUGCCGGACGAUGAUUCCUGGUGCUAUGUCUCCGGCUGGGGAUCCACCAGUUGGUGGGGCAGCUGGUGGGACAGGUGCUUCGGCAGUCUGCCAGACUAUCUCCAAUUGGUAUGGGUCAGUGUCUACAAUCGGGAGCAGUGCGCCGCAGAUCGCGGGGUUUGGUUCGGACUCUGGGAUAAUGGCAUCUCGUACCUCACCCUCUGCACUCAGUAUGGCGCUGGAGGAUGCUCCUACGACACAGGAGCCCCCUUGGUGCAGGACGAUGUACUUGUGGGCAUUCUAUCCGAGGGCGGCUGCAAAACCAAACCAGAUGUCUACGCCAGUGUGGGUUGGUUCAAAGAUUGGAUUGCCGAGAAUACCGGAUAUGAGGAUACAACAGCGCCAACAAGUACUUCUAGUGAUAGUAGUUCCACUGCUGAUAGCACUACACCUGGUACUGUACCUAGUACUAUACCUAGUAUUGGACCUAGUACUAAACCUAGUAUUGGACCUAGUACUGAACCUAGUACUACACCUAGUACUGAACCUAGUACUGAGCCUAGUAGUGAACCUAGUACUGAACCUACCACUGCGCCUACUGUACCUAGUAUUGAACCCAGCAAAGCACCUAUUACAGUACCUAGUACUGAAUCUAGCACUGUACCAAGUUCAACUAUACCUAGUACUGAAGCUAGCACCAGUACAGUAUCUAGUUCUUCUUCUAUUUCCAGUACUGUAUCCAGCACCAUACCUAGUAGUGAAUCAAGUACCUUACCUAGUAGUGUACCAAGUACAGAAGCCAGUACGCUGCCUAGCACUGUUCCUAGUACUGUUCCUAGUACUGUGUCUAGUACUGUGCCUAGUACUGUUCCUAGUACUGUUCCUAGUACUGUGUCUAGUACUGUGCCUAGUACUGUUCCUAGUACUGUUCCUAGUACUGUUUCUAGCACUGAACCUAGUACGGCACCGAGUACUGUGCCUAGUACUGAACCGACUGCCAUACCCACUACUGCACCCAGCACUGUGACAAGUACUACUGUAACGAGUACUGAACCCAUUACUGUAUCCAGUGCACCAAGUGAACCUAUCACAGAACCUAGUAAUGCACCCAUUACUUCAGAUAGCACUGUACCAAGUACUGAGUCCACUACCUCGAGUCCUUUAACUACGAUCAUUACGCCAACCGAACCAACUGGGAAUCCUGAUAUCGAGGGAUAAAAAAGAAGGCUUAGUAACGUGCCCCCGCCCGUAAAUAUUUAACUCUAAGCUAACUAAUUAACACUUCUCAAUAAAAGAAACUGUGACAUCA